AUGAAACUCCCAGUGAUACUUACAGUUUUAGGGAUCGUGGUGCUGGGAACAUGGGCUCAGCAGCUGCCCAGUGUCACCCUGCCACCCUGUGACUCGCCGGAGGCUGAAGCUGCUGCCCAGGUGGCUCUGGAAUUCAUCAAUGGCCAAAACACACAUGGUUACAAAUAUGCUCUGAACCACAUUGAAGACAUCAGGAUAACUACAAAGGCAGAUGGAACGCAGACAUAUCAAAUGGAAAUAGAGUUUCUUGAGACUAAAUGUCAUGUCCUAGAUCCCACACCUGUGCCUCAGUGCCCUGUUAGACCCAAGACUGAAAUGGCAGUUGAGGCUGACUGUGAUGUAGCUCUCUCCAAAGCUGCUGAGGUCAUGUCUGUGGUAGCAUUCAAAUGUAAAACAGAAGCAGAAUCUAACGAAGAUAUCUGUUUGGGCUGCCCAAGACUCGUCCCGCUGAAUGAUACUGCUGCCAACCAGUUUGUGGUAGCAUCUUUGGAGGUCUUCAACAAAAACCACACUUUGAAUGCAACAUUUGCACUUUUUGAGGUUGGAAGACUCACAUCUCAGAUUUUGUCUGGUGGGCCUAAAUUCAAAGCAGAAUAUGCCAUCAUUGAAACAAAUUGUACAAGUUCUAACGGUAUCUGUGUUCCUCUAAAGCACACUGAAGCUCGCCAUGGUUUCUGUCUUGCUGAAGGUGUUGGCCUUAUGAAAAUUGACUGCAAAAUCUUCCUUCCUCUGGCCCCAGCUGUGGAUCCAGCCACCAACGCCACUGUGCUUGCUCCUGCAUUUCAUGCUCACACUGCUGGGCCUGGUUACACACCUACCAUCCAUGCUCUGACACACCACAAGCUGACUCCCUUGCAUGACCCCACCACCAGCGGUCUACUCUCUGCAGAGUCUGCCGAGUCGACCGAGGUGGUAUCAGUUGUCGGGGUGCCUAUUGUGAAGAGGGAGGUGGUGGUAUCAGACACACAGCCACAACCUCACAGAUGCCCUGGGAAAGUCAAGUUUUUCUAA